AUGAAUUGUAAUAAAUAAAUAGAGAUGAAUGGAAAAAAUUCAGCAACAAUCAGCAAAAUCGAACUAGUAGCUACUAAAUUUUCUCUAACUUAAACUGAUAUCUGCAUAAUAUAGCAGGCUUUAUUUAAAUCAAAUAAAUAGUAAACUGAAAAAGAUGAUAUAAAAAAGAGAAUAGGUGAUUAACAGAGUUUAAUUUACUAUUCAUUGUAUCGAAAAAGAAAACAAAAUAGUGAUAAGGAAAUAUUUAAUGAUUAAAUUGAAAAUACUAAGGAUAUUAAUAUAAAAUUAUCAAAACAAUACUUAAUUGAUAAUCAAUUCAAUUAUAAAUUAUAUGAAUUCUAAAGUUAUAAAUAAAGAUAAUUGGAAAAAAUUGCUUAAAUAAAGGAUAAAAAAUAGAGCUAGAUGUUGUUAGAAUUAUUGGAUUAAUUAUAGAUGGAAGAAAAUUAAGAUUUUUUAUUUUAAGUUAUUAAUCUUUAUAUGGUUUUGAAGGAAGUAAUUAAACAAUAUAUAUUAAAAUUAGGGAUUGAAUUUAGAAUAUUAAAAUAUUGUUCUUUUACAUUAAAAUUUCCACCCAAAGCAUAAUCUUUUAUUGCAUAUUUCAUCAGUUGUUUAAUCUAUACUUUGUUAAGGUAUUACUAUUAAUAAUAAUAAAGAAUAUGAAUAAAACUAAAUCAUCGAUUUUCCAAAAUUUGCUUACAUAAAUUUAACAGGACAUGAAUCCUUAGAUAAUUUAUAAUUUUGGACAGACAUCAAUUACUAUUAUUAAAAUUUUUGUUUAUACUUUUCAAUUUAUGAUUCUUAGAAAUGUCAAAAUUUUAAACAGAAUCAUAGAUAAAUAAUAAUACCAUCUUCUAAGAAUAUGAUAUCAGAAUUUGAGAUGAAAAUUAUUUUUAAUUUCUAUAUCAGAACCAAACUCAUUUAAUUGAAACCAACAAUUAUUUAUGUUGAUAUUUGUAAUACUGAAUAAUUUUCAAUUAAUUUAACUGCUUUGGAAAAAUUACUUAAAAAAUUAAGGAAGUUUAGUAGAGUUGUAAUACACAUUAAAUAUGAUAUGAACUCUUAAAAUUUAGAAAAAUCAUCAUUAGAAUUUUCGAGAACACUUAAUGCUUGUUUGUUUGGAUUAUAAAGAAUUUAUAAUGUAGGAAAAUACUAAUCAUAUCGAUAAAUUUUAGAAAAAUUAGACGAUUCAAUUAUUUAUAUUGAUAAAACUAUAAAAGAAAAUUUCAAAUAAAAUCAACUUGUGAAUUAUUUGUAAUUGCAAAAAUUAUGUAUGUAGGGAAAAAAAAAUCAUAUCAUUCAAAUGAGAAGGAAAAAAAGAAGGUUUUUUUUGAUCUAGGAAAAGGAUAAUAUUUUAAUUACAGCUCGGGAUUAACAAAAAAAAAUAAUUCAAUUUGACAGAGUUGUAAUUUCAUAUUAAAAUAAAAUAAUUAUUUUAUUAGAUUUUAAUAAUUAAAAGUUCUAUUAUAAUUGUUUUAAAGAUUUAUCAACCAAUGUUAAUGAUUUAUAAAAAAAUGAAGAUGAAAAAUUUGUUUUGUAAUUCUUUGUAAAUAUCAAUUAGCACUGAAUUCAAGGAAAAUUAAUUUUUAAAAGGCAAAAUAAUAAAUGUAAUAGUAAUUAUUAAUUAACAAUAUAUUUUAUUUGCAUAUCCAAUUAUAAAUAAUUAAACCACCCAAGAAAAAAAUGAAAAUGAAUACUCAAAGUUGAAAGGGAAUGAAGAUAUUAUUUUAAGUUAUAGUUUAGUUGAAAACAAUUGGUAAAUUAUCUAAAGAGAUUAAAUGAAUUCUAAAAUUGGUGAUACAUUGUAUUUUGAAGAUAAUACUAAAACAGAACAGUUAAUCAAAUAAUUAAGGGAAUAAAUAAUAGUUGGUUAAACAGUCUGUUAUCAAUCAAACACUUUACUAUAAGAACAUUUUUAGGGAUAUUAAAUUUAUAAUCUGUUUGGUGGUGAAGUUAUUGAGUAAUUUUGUUUAAUCUAUUUUAAAUAGUUCCUUUAAACCGAUGAAUUUGAUAGAAUACUUAUUUAUUGAUGUUAAAAAUAAUUGUUUUUUCUCCAAAUUUAUAAAAAGAAGAACAAAUCCAUAUGAAGGGAGUCUUAAACCAUCUCCAUAUUAAUUAGUUUUACCCAUUAGGAACAUUUAAUCAUUAGGUAAAAAUAAGGAAAUAAAUUGUGCUUAUUUAAUAUUAAGACCUUGGAAUCAAACUAAAAAUAAUUAUUAUGAAGCAAUGUUGAAUCCUCAAAAUCUUUGUAAAGCAUAAUUAGUUUUUUUAUGGAUUCAAGAACAGUAAAAAGAUAAAUAUAGAACUAUUUUUAUCGAUAUUGAAUAUAAAGUUUCUAAUGAUUCUGAAUAUCGUUUUAAUAUUUUAGAGUUAAUAAAUGAAGAUGUGAAUUGGAUAGAGAUAGAGGAUUAAAAUGAAUCAUAAUCAUAAACCAAUAUAAAUUAAUGGAAAUGGAAAGCAAUUUAUACUAAUUAUAUGAAAAUCAAAAAUUUGUAAUUUUUAACUAAAUAGAAAAAAUAAGACAAUAUUGAAAAAGAUUAAUAAACAAAUUUUUUAAAUAAAGACAAUUUUGAAAAAAAUAUUUUGAAAGGACUAUUUUUUACCUUCGAAUUCACUAUCUAAUUAACUUAUAAUUGUUAAUCUAAUGAUGAUAAUUCAAAAAUAUAAUAAAAUAAAUUUAUUGACAAAUCGGAAACUUUUUUCUCAGAAUCUGGCAAAAUCAAUCCUUAUUAAAAAUUAUCACCUUUUAAUUCUGAUGAUUGGUCAAUUUAAACAGAAAUUUCAUGGUAUGAAAAAGGAGAGAAGUGA